GUCCGUGACGUCGUCGUAUAUUUUACACGCACACAAGCGCACGACACGCCAUCUCUUCUUGUUAUUUUUACGCGCCGUUCUCGCGUGCGUGUGCGUGUGCCCGUGUGCGUUGUCGGCCGAGUGGCGGCGGGGAACAGGUAAACGACGUAUACGCCGCGACUGACAACAAUGGACGAUGACGACGACGAUAAUGGUGAUGGCGAUGACGAUGAUGACGAUGACGAUGGUGAUGGUGAUGGUACACUGCCGCCUACUCGACCGGUGCGCGAACACACACACACAUACAUACGAAAAAGAAAACGUAGCCAUCUCGUAUUAUUAUUCGUCGGACUCGGUGUCGGUACCUUUAUUCGGGUGACGCCGUCCGAUUUUCAUUAUGCGAUUUUGGGAUGUUAUCCKCCACCGUCGUACGCGCACAACACCGACGCUAAACGCCGAAUCAUUAUUCUCGUAUACAAUAAUACUUCUACAUUUGUGAUAUAAUAUUUUAUAUUUUGUUCCAUCGACGACAAUUGCUUUUGUGUGUGUGUGAUGGCCGGUAGAUAGCACACAUCGCUACUUGCACAUGUCGAGACGAUGUACGUUUUUAACGGUUUUUUUUCAUUCUUUUUAACCGACGCCCGCUGACGACUCUUCCACCCUUCUGCCGACCGACUAAUGU